GGAAACUCAUCAUUUCUCCAUAUACGUGGGUUGGGUGUGAAGAGCUUGCCUUAAGAGGAAGACAUCUGCAUUGAAGAAAGGCCUCAACUUUCCUCAAUUCAACCAUGUCGUGGAGUGAAAGAAUGGCUACAGUGUUCACCCUCAGCACUCUCUUCAGUCUUGUUUUUGUUAUCAUGAACCAUCAAUGGAUCAAAGUUGAGACUGAGAUGCAGAUUUACUACAGUGGCCUUUGGAAAGUCUGUCUCAAGCUGGUGUGCCCUAAUCUUGUUGCUUCUGCACCCAAUGUCAAUGGUGCCAAGACCCUCCUGGUAAUGGCUCUUUUCUGUGGAUUCGUUGGGGCAUCAUUUAUGAGUAUCACUUAUCACUAUUCUGCCACUUCUGCAACAUAUCGGUAUCUGGUGCCUGCCGUGGGAUCUUUCAUCGCAGCUGCCUUGGUGUUCCUCGGCCUAAGCAUUUACACCAUCCGGAUCUCCACGCACGGCAUCAGCAGAACAUCUGCUGCCUCCUAUCAGUGGCCCUUCUACCUGGCCUGGACCACUUGUCCCUUCUUUAUUUUAAGUGGUUUUCUAGGGCUUGUGGCCCACCAGCAUAUGUUGAUGCACGGAGCUGUUUUGUCCGAUAGGGAAAGCAGAGAGUCCGAAACCUCCUCCAUCUGGAGCUCCUCCAGCUCCUCUUCUCUCUUUUGGGAGGAGGGAGAGAAGGACAGCAAAACACAGUUCCCAAGGGUGUGAGGUGGAUUGCUUCGAAGAAAUCCCACGGGAUUCUGGAAUCACAAAAUGGCCUGCCUGAAAUGUGUGUGUGUGUGUGUGUCUGUCUCUCUUAAGGAUUGCAAAGACUCUGAAACAACAACAAAAAAACACCUUAAUUUUCCUGUUUA